UUUGAGAUCUGUGCAUUCUGCGUUCGUGUUUUCGCAAUACUACGUCUUACUAUGUAAGUCACUAUGACAUUUGAGAUCGUCCUAGUUCCAAAAGUGUACCUGCUGUAACUGCCGCCGGUUCAACCUCGGGCAGUUUCACCUGUUCCUCUAUUCCACCAAUCUACACCCCAGGAGGUCAACGACAUGGGCGACGGCGCGGAGUACAACGUCGAGUACACGGACGACAACCCCGAGGAGUUCAAGUGGGUCAAGCGUCCGGGGCCUGUCAAGGUCACGUACGCCAAUGGCGACACAUUCGAAGGCACGUUCAACUCGGACAGACUCAAGCACGGCCACGGCAAGUACACGUGGAACGAGAAGACCGACGACGACGAGGUCAAGGAAAUCGCGUGGUACGACGGCGCGUACGAGAACGGCAAGAAGCACGGCGUGGGCAAGAUGCAGUUUCCAACCGGCGACACGUACCACGGGCAGUGGUCGAGUGAUGCGAUUGACGGCGAAGGCACGAUCGUGUACAAGAACGGCGACAUCUUUAGUGGGUCGUUCGACCAAGGCAUCAAACACGGCAAAGGCACGUACGAGUACGCGGAGGACAAGAGCCAGCUGAUCGGGAACUGGGUCCACAACACGAUCGUGGACGGCAAGUGGCUGUUCAAAGAUGGCGGGUACUACACCGGACGGUUCGAGAACGCCACCCCCAUCGGCCAGUGCUUGCUGCAGUUCCCGAACGGCCUCCAACAUGAAGGCGAGUACAUCAAGGUGGACACGAUCAACGCCGCGGGGGACGCCGUCCAAGUGCACACGUGGAAAGGGGAUGCCGUGACCAAAGUGUUUUAGCAAUGGAUAUGUACAUGUAGUGACAUGUUAUUACGAUGGUAUGUACGUGUUG